AUGGAUGUCUGCAGCCUGGCACUGGGACUGUGGCUCCUGCUGCUUCUCCAGGAUAUCCAGUCAGCCCCACAGACAUCAUUAACCUCAUCUCACUCCUGUGAUACGCUCGAGAGCUGGUUCUUUGAUGAAACUUCACAGAGAUGCUGUUACCAGUGUCCCUCAGGCUAUGUCAAGAAGAAAGCAUGUCCUCAGCACCCAGCUGAAGACUGCAUGACAUGUGGACCUGAGCAGUAUGUGAACAACUACCCAAAGCCACACUGUGACGCCUGCGUGUCCUGCACAAAAGUACCAGACCUGGUGGAGAAGGAGCCCUGCUCCUUCAAUUCCAGACGUGUGUGUGAGUGCCGACCAGGUCUGUUCUGCCAAACUUCUGUCCGGGACAGCUGCACACGCUGCCAGCAGCACACUGCCUGCAAGCCUGGCUUUGGAGUCAAAGUCAGAGGCACCUCAAGAAAUGAUGUCACCUGUGAAGAGUGUCCUUCUGGGACCUUCUCUGACCGAAGCUCCAGCACUGACAGCUGCAAACCCCACACAAACUGUGCCAAGUUGAACAAAGUAGCACUAAGCAAAGGAAAUGCCACACACGAUGAGGUUUGCCUGGACCAGUUGCCCACCUACCUCACCCCAAGCACUUUGUCCAUGAGAUUCAGCAAUGAAACUGAUAACUCUGACCUAAGGAGGUUUGAGGAGAGCCUGGUGACCAUUGCUGGUGGUGAACCUUUAGGUGCCACAACAACUGAAAACCCCAGUUCAACUCCUGAGGACAAAUCUCCACCGGGUGUGGUGCUCUGGGCAAUGGUUCUCUCUGUGGCAGUCCUGCUUGGGGGCAUGCUGUUAUUAUGGAAGUGGAAGGUUUGCAAGAAGCAGAUCCUCGUCCUCAAAGGAAAACCACAUCUGCAUUCGGUCAUGGCACACAAACACGUGCUCGCAUCUCCAGGUUCUGAUAUAGUGACCAAAUGUACAAAGGUCAUACUGACCACUGAGGAGGAGCCAGAAGAGAAGGAGUUAAUUGACAGGACCCUCCCUUUGGAAACCAACAACAACUUGGUCUCCAGCACAGAAAAAGCCUACAGUCCUCAAAGGAGUGUGACUGACCUGGCACAGAGCACUGGGAAUGCCCCAGAUUGUCCUGUUGAUUCUCGAGUCAGAGACCACACAAACAACCGAAUUGAGAAGCUGUACAUCAUGAAGGCUGACACGGUGAUCGUGGGCUCUGUUUCUGAAGUGCCUAGUGGCAAGAACUGCACUGCUAGAGGAUGUGAAAGUAACACUGAAGCCCAGGAAGACACAGAAGAGGAACUGGCAAUGCACUACCCAGAGCAGGAAACGGAGUCUUUUCCAGGAAAUGAUGUCAUGGUUCCUGUGGAAGAAGAGGGAAAGGAGUUUCAUCACCCCACCACUGCCACUGAGAAGUGA